GCAAAGAAAGUGAGUGUGGGUUCUGUACUGUCUUAGCCUGUCCCCCCCACCCAACACAGUCUCUCUCUUCUUUCUCUCUCCUCAACAGUCUUAAGGGCUGCACUACCACAUUGGCUUUUUCUGCCUUUUGUUGUUUAUGUGCUUUUGCAAAGUAACAAUUGUCUAUGUCUGCUACUUCUUCUGCUCCCUCUUCUCAGAACUGUAAAUGGGUGAGGAAUCAAACUUUGAAUUUCUUGUUAUUAUUUGAUACCUUCACUUUUCUUCUCAUCUUUUAGCCUUCCUUCUCUCCUGUGUAAUAUCCCUUCAAACAUGACUCUCUCUUUGUUUUCUAUACAGUUUCUCUCCUGUUCCUUCUUUGUGAACACCCUCUUUUAAUAUAUAUAUGUGGGUGUGUGUGUGUGUGUGUGUGCAAUUCUUGCUAUGAUUUGACUCAAUUUCCCAUUUUCUAUUUUUUUCUUUUUUUGCUUUGUGGGUACUCUUCAGUAGCCACUUGAUUGCCCUCUUCCCAACUUUAAUUUGCUUCUUUUUUUCUUUUUUUCCUCCCCUGUUGGGUAGUUGGUUGUACUGGUAUUGUGAGUGGCAAGCUCCGGGGAUUUCAUGGAAAUUGAUCUGAACCAUGCCGUGAUUGAGGUGGAGAAGAAUGCAUGUGGCAAUGGUGACUGUGACAAGGGUGGUGGUGGUGGUGGUGGUGGAUGGGGUGAUGGUUGUUGUUUGUCUUCUUCAACUUCCUCAUCCUCUUCAAAUUCAUCUUCUUCACUUGCUUCUUCUUCAAUUUACAUGGAGCUUUGGCAUGCCUGUGCCGGCCCUCUCAGCACUCUGCCCAAGAAAGGGAAUGUGGUUGUCUACUUCCCACAAGGUCACUUGGAACAGGCUGUCUCUUCCUCACCUUUCCCACCCAUGGAAGUUACCAAUUUUGAUCUCCAACCCCAAAUCUUCUGCAGGGUUAUGGAUGUUCAAUUGCUUGCUAAUAAGGAAAAUGACGAGGUCUAUACACAGCUGACCCUACUCCCUCUACCAGAGUUGGAAGUUGUGAAUUUAGAGGUGAAGGACCAUGGAGAAUUGGGGUUGGAUGAGGGAGGUUUGAUACCCACAAAAACUCCACAUAUGUUCUGCAAGACGCUUACAGCCUCUGAUACAAGCACCCAUGGUGGCUUCUCUGUUCCUCGUCGUGCUGCCGAAGACUGUUUCCCACCUCUGGACUAUAAACAGCAAAGACCCUCUCAGGAGCUUGUUGCCAGGGACCUUCAUGGAGUGGAAUGGAAAUUUCGACAUAUUUAUCGAGGUCAGCCACGGCGACACCUUCUCACUACAGGAUGGAGCAUUUUUGUGAGUCAAAAGAAUCUUGUUUCGGGUGAUGCGGUUCUUUUCUUGAGAGAUGGAGGUGGAGAGCUGAGGUUGGGUAUUAGGCGAGCUGUUCGACCAAGAAAUGGUCUCCCUGAUUCAGUUCUCGGUAACCAAAAUUAUCAAAGCGUUCUUCCUCUCGUGGGCAAUGCUGUAUCCACCAAGAGCACAUUUCAUGUUUUCUACAGCCCAAGGGCCAGCCAUGCAGACUUUGUCGUACCGUAUCAAAAAUACAUUAAAAGCAUCACCAAUCAAAUACCUAUUGGGACCAGAUUCAAAAUGAAAUUCGAUGUCGAUGAUUCUCCGGAAAGAAGGUGCAGUGGUGUGGUGACUGGAAUGUGUGAUAUCGAUCCCUAUAGAUGGCCUAACUCGAAAUGGAGAUGCUUGAUGGUCAGAUGGGAUGAUGAUAUUGUAAGUGAUCGUCAAGAGCGAAUUUCUCCAUGGGAGAUUGAUCCUUCUGUUUCUCUCCCACCAUUGAGCAUCCAGUCCUCCCCAAGGCUAAAGAAACUGCGGGUGGGUUUGCAGGCAACCCCACCCGAUAACCCCAUUGCCGGAGGUGGUGGGUUUUUGGACUUUGAGGAAUCUAUAAGAUCCUCUAAGGUCUUGCAAGGUCAAGAAAAUGCAGGUUUAUUAUCACCUCUCUAUGAAUGUGAUAAGGCGAACCGCCCGCUCGAUUUUGAGAUGCAAUCCUUCGCACAUCAAAGUCUUGCAUCAAACGGAAUGGAAAAAGUAAAUUUUAGCGAUUUUUUGAAGAGCCAGCAGCCCUCCGCUUACACAGGCUUUGCGGAAUCUAGUCGAUUUCCGAAGGUCUUGCAAGGUCAAGAAAUAUGCUCCUUGAGAUCGCUGACAGGAAAAACUGAUGUCAACCUCGGUGCUUGGGCAAGACCUGACCUUGGUUGCAACUUUUUCAAUAUGUAUCAAAGACCCAAACCUAAUUUCUACCCAUUAGGUUCAGAAGGCGUUAGAAAUGUGUACUUUCCUUCUAAUGACAUCUACAAAGGUGGACGAGAUCCGGUAAUGCUUUCUCAUAUGACAAAUUUCGCAAGAGAGAAUGUUCCGUUUAAUGGGUCUUCAAUUCAAAGUGGGGUUUCGAGGGAUGAAGUUAGAAAGCCAAAUCUACUAAAUGAGCCACCACAUGGAAAGAUAGCCAGUCCUCCCACUUUGGAGGCAAAUUUUAAAAAUACAAAAGAUGACAUUUCAAAUGGCUCUAUGGCUGGCUGCAAAUUAUUUGGCUUUUCCUUGACUGGAGAAACAGCGAUGCCUAACUCACAAAGUUCUAAUAAGCGGAGCUGUACGAAGGUUCACAAACAAGGCAACUUGGUGGGAAGAGCGAUUGAUCUUUCAAGACUCGAUGGUUAUAAUGACUUGCUGAUUGAGCUAGAGAGACUCUUUAGCAUGGAAGGCCUUUUACGAGAUCCUAAUAAAGGAUGGCGAAUCUUGUACACCGACAGUGAGAAUGACAUGAUGGUUGUCGGGGAUGAUCCAUGGCACGAGUUUUGCAAUGUGGUGUCCAAGAUACAUAUCCAUACCCAAGAAGAAGUGGAGAAAAUGACAUUCGGAAUGAUCAGUGACGACACUCAAAGUUGUUUGGAGGAGGCACAAGCGGUAGUGGACGUGUCCAAGUCUUCGUCUGUAGGCCAGCCAGAUUCUCCUCCAACAGUAAUUCGGAUGUGAGGUUUAAAAUUGUGUUGUUUUUUAAGUGUAAUAUUAUGUUUGCAGACUUUUCUUUGCGUAAACCUCCGCAUUUACCUUUUAGUUGUUUUGUUCUUGAUUGAACGUACUGCAUCAAACUUGGAUUUUUCUUUAAUUUAUCGAUGAUGUGUGAUAAUAUUAA